GCAGGGUUUAGCUGCACCUCGUGGUGAGUCUCUCAGACCUUCUUUCCUCGGCAGUACUGGGGGAACAACUCCGGCCAUAUUGAAUCUAUACAAUUGGAUGUCUGUGUUACACAAGGGCUCAGGAGUAGCCAAAAAUAAAAGUUUUGAUCCUCGUGUAAGGGUCAAUUGCCGACGUGCGCCACCGCCUAAGCCGCCUUCCUCCGAAUAAAUAUCCGACCACCACCAUGGAGAACGCAUACAGCAUCAGCGUGACCAACAAAUUUUCCCUGGCUCUCGAUGAAGAUGAGGACCCCCUAGAGAUCUUGAAGAUUCGUGAACAAGAGAGGGAAGCCAAGAAAAAAGAAAAGCUGACGGAAAAAGAACAGCGUGCCAAGCAACAAGAGCACCAGAAGCAAAAUCCGUCGUCCGCUCCAGCUAAGCAAAAACCCCGGGCGAACAAGGAGAAUCAACAUAGUCAGGCCCAGAAUCAGCAAGCCCAGACUCAGCAAGUUUCCCGCAACCAGGACGGCAAAAAAGACGGAGAUAGAAAAUCUGCUCAGCAGAAAGCAGGCGGAGAACGCAAGUUCGAGGCUCGUGAAGAGCAUAACAACAGACGUAAUCGAGAGGAUGGUGAUCGCUUACCUCGCAUCCAAAAUGAUUCUAGACGCGGUCCACCAGGCGAGAUUCGUGAUAACCAAAACCCACGGGAAUUCCGCAACUUCGACUCCAACGAUCGUCGUGGAGGAGGACGCGGUCGUGGUGGUCCCGGUCGUGGAGGACGAGGCGGCUUCCGCGGUGGACGUGGUGGAUUUGAUAACCGCGGCAAGCGUGAAUUUGAUAGGCAGUCUGGUAAUGAUAAAACGCUACCCAGGAAUGGUUACAGUGGCGUAAAAUCCAUUGACAAGAAAGAUGGCGCUGGCAGCCAUAACUGGGGAAGUCACACUGAAGAAAUAGAAGACAGUUUCAACCAAACUGAAAACUGGGAAUCAGAGAAAGUUGAAACUAUGGAGACAUCUCCUAAAACCACUGAUGGUACUGAAGGUCAAUCUGGUGAAUCCAUUGCUGAUGCAACUCCUGUAGAAGAAAAGCCUGUCGAAGAAGAGACUCGUGAAUUAACCCUUGAUGAGUGGAAGGCCCUUCGUCAGACUCGUGCCAAACCUACUUUCAACUUGCGUAAAGCUGGUGAAGGUGAGGAUUUGUCUCGCUGGAAGAAGAUGUAUGCUCUGGAGAAGAAAAAGGAAGAUAAUGAAGAUGAAGAAGAAGAAGAAGAGUAUGAUGCCACUGAAUACCCUCAACGUGUUGGACGUCAAAAGCAUCUUUUGGAUAUUGAUAUUCAAUUCAGUGACUCAAGACGCAGUGCUGGUGGUAGGGGUGGCCGAGGCGGUCGUGGUAGAGGAGAACGCAGCGGAGGCCGCGGUGGUUUUAAUCGUGGACCUGUCCGUCCUGAUAAUGAAUUCCGAGCUCCGGAACAAAGAUCUCCUCGUGAACGUCAAAAUGCACCCAAAGUUGAUGAUGUCAAGGAUUUCCCAUCCUUAGCUGGAAAAGCUCAUUAACUUGCAUUAUAACCACGCCAGUUCUUAAAUUUAUUAUUCUUCAAAUAUUGUUUCAUUGAUGAUCAACACAACAAUCUUUUUUAUCACCUAGCUACAGUUGCUACUAUCUCUAAUAAAAUUCUUCAGCAUUAGUUUUAUUUGAUCUUGCAUGAUCAAUUUAUUGUAACACCAAAUGAAAACAAGAUCUUAAAAUUUUGCAGCUGUAAAUUUGCAAAUAAAAACCUAAUGUACUCUCAUAAGUAUAGGAGAGAAAAAACAAAUUGCAAGUGAUUUUUUUGACUGCUAUUCUCUAUUGAACAAAUACUACUUUUAUUUAUAAUGGUUGUUUAAUGAUUAAAUAUGAAUGAAAAAUUAAUCAAGGUUGAUAUCACUAUUCCUUGAUAUUAUUUUCAUGCCAAGUAUGCAAUUCAUAUUGAUGGCCUAAUUAAUUGAAAAAGUCAUUUAUACAUCGACAGUUAAUCAUAACAUGGUUAUGAUAUUUCUUUCCGCGAACAAUAUUUCUACAUAUUAGAUUUGAUUUACUUAUGGCACACUCUACAUUUGUGCAAUGUGUGUUAAAAAUGAAUUACAUACUUAUAGAAUCCACCAGAUUUAGUGUAUUUUCUGUCGAGGUCAAUGUGUCAUAAAAGAGUAAAAACUUGUAUAAUUUAAAUCUCGAUUAAUUUGAAUGAAAUUGCACUAAUGUUCAACUUGACGUAACUUUUGACGGUAAUCUUAUCGUGUUGACAGUAUGUAAUUACUAUCUGUUUUAGGUGUCAUUACUAUAAUUUAGUAGGGAUAUUGUCAAUUUUGAAUUUAAAUCUAUUUUAUGUAGUUAGACUCAUUGACACUAUCUCUAAAUGAAACGAUAGUACGUUUACUAACCAGUGAGAAUAAAUUGCGGUAAAAAACAGUAAAACAAGUGAUAAAUCUACAAAAACCAUAAGUUAUAUCAUUUGAUGUUAUACUUAUUCUUAUCAAUUGUCAUAUAUAUGCUUCGAAAUAUAUUCGAAAGAUUUAAUAUUACUGAUUCAUUAAAUUUGUUACAAUUAUUAUUUUGAAGUAAAAAAAAACGAAAUCGUC